AGUCGUCGUCUGCUCCGCGUUCAGUCAACAUACUCUACUCAUCCCCUGCGAUCGUUUUGACCUUUUUUUACACAGCCCGCCAAAUGUUUUUAACAAGUUCGUGAGCAAAUACACCUAGACUGGUGUCGCCAAGGGAUCGCCGAUUAUGUCGAGUCUUUCUAUCUGUGUCAAGUCUUUGAGAAGAUUUCCCAGGACCAAGCUUCGAAGACAGAAAGUUUUGACCUGCAUUGUCAGGUGUAAAAUGCAUGCAGCAAUGCUGGACGACGAGAAGAUCACUGACUUUGAAGCUGUCCAAGUAGAAAGUAGCAGUCUUGCCUGGCUCCACAAAGCUGCGCCUGCUUUUCCUGUCGAUGGAUCAAAGGUCACAAUCAUUCACGAGCCAUCGGAAUUUUAUUCAACUUUGUUAGAAAAAUGCAAAACUGCCAAAACAAGGAUAACACUGGCUUCAUUAUACUUAGGCACUGGAAAGUUAGAAACCGAAUUGGUGAAGACUAUAAAACAAACGGUAGAAUCAAACAAUGGAAAUGUGGAGGUAAAUAUUUUGCUGGACUACAUGAGAGGUUCUCGAGGAAAAAUGAACUCAAAAGAAAUCUUGAGACCUCUCCUGGAAGGAAAAUAUGGUCACUGCUGUCGCGUCUUCUUGUAUCACACGCCGAGAUUACGAGGCUUUUUGAAAGCUCUCAUACCAGAUCGUUUCAACGAGCUCAUUGGAUUGCAACACAUGAAAUUGUAUUUGUUCGACGAUACGCUCAUAAUUAGCGGAGCGAAUUUAAGUAAUGACUACUUCAAAAACCGACAAGAUCGUUACUUCAUGCUCGAGGAUUGCAAAGAACUGUGCGAUUUCUACUGCAGUCUCGUGGAAAAGGUAUCGGAAUUCAGUUUUCAACUGGAGUCGGACGGAAGCACGCGCUUUAGCGACAAAAUAAGCUCACAUCCUUUCGAAAGUCCUGAUGAAGAAUUCACAGAAGAGGCUUCGGAUAGAAUACGCAAUCUGUUUCAAGCGGAAAUCAAUAAGCGUUCGGAAUUGUACAAAGCUGAAAUUCCGAGAACGGACACUUGGGUAUUUCCGCUGGUUCAAAUGGGCCAGUUAAACAUCAGGCACGAUAGCGAAAUAACGCGAAGAAUCCUUGAGAGGGCACCAACUGGCGCGACACUGAGACUAGCCACUGGCUACUUUAAUUUGACCACAGAAUUCAGAACUGCCAUACUAAACUCUUGCAGAGCAGACUGUCACUUACUUACGGCUCAUCCCGAGGCAAACGGAUUUUUCGAUGCAAAAGGUAUAGCUGGAGGAAUCCCGGCAGCCUACACAAAAAUCGAGGAGUCGUUUUUCAAAAUGUGCGAGAAAAUGAGCCAGAGCGACAGGAUUCAAUUGUGGGAGUUUGCCAAGCCAGGUUGGACGUAUCACGCGAAAGGACUCUGGUACUCCAUGCCUAACGAACAGAAGCCUAGUUUCACCCUCAUUGGUUCUCCUAAUUUUGGCUAUCGAUCAGUCGAGCGAGAUCUGGAAACUCAGAUAGCUGUGAUGACGCGGAACGAGAAAUUGCAGGAAUCCCUCAAGAAAGAAUACGAGAGGCUCUUCGAUAGUGCAAAACCAGUGACGCAAAGGACGUUCUCGCAAAGAGACAGAGUACCCCCUGCGUGGGUUCGCAUGGUUGUGCUUUUCUUCCGUUAUUACUUCUAAUGUAUUGAAUCGUUUCGUUGAUCGAAAUAGAGACUUUAGUUUUAAUAAGAGCUCCUAUGCUUAGUUUGCAUUAUGAAUCUUAUCUUUAGCGAACUGUUGACAUGAGAAGUGAGAAAGAAAACUCUUUAAUAUUAAUUUAUAAUAAUAGUAUAUCAAAAGGCAGCGACUGACAGAAUUUUGUGAACGUAUUAUUAUUUAAACAUCUAUCAAUAAAUUUUGUUUUGAUACUCUAGAGGAAUAGAAUUUCAGAUUUUUAUUGUAAAUUAUAUGCAGCUUAUUUUUUUACUAUUUUCUAGAAAAAUUUACAGAUACUGAUUGAUUAUUGUACCAAAGCCAAAAGUAAACUGAAUUAGACGCCUAAUGAAUGUACAAUCAUUCUUUAUGCCCUCUACUAAAAAAAUACAAAUAAUUUUUCAUAUUCGUGCAAUGUUUACACAAAAUUCUAUCUACUCUCUGCAUACGUUGUUUAUCUAUCUUUGUACAGCAUUUCCUAAUGCUAAGAGAGGGAAAGCAGCAAAUCGCUCUUUACAUCGAUGAAACUGUAUAUUUAUUUUAGACGAAAUCGGAUUGUAUAAAUAAUAAAAAGUUCGUCGUGACGUUGUCAAGUCUGGACGAUAAUACAUUGUCCGAUGUUUAAGAUUCCCUGCUAUUCUGUAAGGAAUAUGGUAGAAUCCGAUGUAAUGAUAAAAUAAAACGAAUACGUGAUCUA